AUGCCUUGCCCCGAUACCCUAGAGCCUUCUCGCAAACGACAGAAAUCGGAGGACCAUAUCGACGGAAACUCGCGUCAAUUAAAAAGGCUGAAGACCAGCAGCCACCCACCUCCGGAAUUUUGGGACAAUCUGUCGAAGAUUUGGUUAACAAAAGACGCUUUACAGGAGCUGGACCGGCGCAACCACUCCUUAAACGUAGAAGAAUUGCAACAACAUUCUCGGCCACAACAUUCUCAUCGGCCACUAACUCGACGUCUCCAGAAUACACUAAAACGCCGUUGCCAGACACCGAUUCCCGACCCGUUAAACGGCUGUAAACCCAAGGUUGUAAGGGAGAUAAAGAGGCUCUCUAGACGGGGUGGACCUGACCUUUCGGACCUUAGAGAUUAUCCAUAUCCACAUAUCCCCUUUUAUCAAUCAAUGAGUACAAAAAGCUCUCAGGGCAGGAAGCGCCCUGCGGAACCUCCAUCAGAGAGCCAAGUCAAGACCACCACAAAGACUUCAACGGCCUACAACCGGAACUUUCAACAGCACCUGACUCAACAUGGAGUGUAUAUGAAGGGUUAUAUGUACCCUGAUGGUCGAAUGCCGGUAAAACCAAACAACUGGGAACAUAUAAAUGAGGUCCUGGCCCGGUCAAGGCGGUCUCUAUCUCCCUCACAAUUUUCUGAAACAGACUUUCAGGAAUUUGAACAAGCAGACACAAAUGCUGGUGAAGAAAGACCAGUAACAACUUCAGUCAUUCCAACCAUUGAGGGUAAAAUUAAGUAUCGCAAUUGCCUUGGAGAGGAUUACUUAUUUUCAAACCUUGCCCCCUUAACGGAUGGUUCUUUAGCAAGUGCAAAACCAGAUCGCUUCUAUGGUGCUCGCCCUGAGCAACUUAACUCUCAGAUUCUUCAGGAACUUGGGGGCCAUCUUAUCCCAUCAACAACAGGUCACCGUCCAGUAGCCCCAAAUUUCUUCCUUGAAGCAAAAGGGCCAGACGGGUCCCUUAAUGUUGUCACGCGGCAAGCUUGUUAUAAUGGUGCCCUGGGAGCUCGAGGAAUCCAUAGCCUUCAGUCAUACAAGCAAGCAGAGCCUAUCUAUGAUAAUAAUGCCUAUACGAUAACAACAACCUAUCAUGGUGGCACACUCAAGCUUUAUACAACACAUAUCACUGCCCCUCAGAAAAGUGACGGACGUCCCGAAUAUAUUAUGACUCAACUAAAUGCCUGGAGCAUGGUUGGGAACAUAGAGGGCUUCCGCCAGGGCGCAUCUGCGUAUCGAAAUGCUCGAGAUUGGGCGAAGGAACAGAGGGAUCAGCAUAUAAACGCUGCAAAUGAGAGAUUCCAGCAAGCCCAAUCCGAACUUCCCUCCGCAUCCGAACAUGAGACCACCUCCGGGCUAACUGUGGACGGUUCUGAUACAUCAGCCAUGUCUGAUGAAGCUGAGUUCCACGAUGCUGCGUGGAGCUUUGCACAGCCGAAUGACAGCGUCGACGCACCCGAGGCUUCGAGCAGGCCAACUAAAAGAACAAGAACUCAGAUUGCUGGCAGCAAAGGUCUCGCGAAUUAG